GAAUUAAUGGCGUGGCAAGUAGCGGUGUUGCUUCUACUUCAGCGGCUAUCCUCAGCAUUUGCCGCCGCACCCAUGGCUCGGCCAGGAUGCCGGUCGGAGUGCGGCAGCGUCCAGAUCCCCUACCCCUUCGGCUUCGGCGACAGCAGCUGCUUCCUCGAUGACUUCGAGAUCACUUGCAAAGAAACCACCAAUGGACCCAAACCAUUCCUUGGCCGUAGCAACCUUGAGCUGCCCGUAGAUAUUGACCUAGUCAACGGCCUACUGCAAGUUAAUCAUGCCAUUGCUCGUGACUGUUACGAUAGGCAGGGUAGAAGCAUAUCCUAUAGCGGUUCGCGGAUAAAUCUGGGGAGCAUGAAGUCCGUCAGAUUCUCUGAUUCCCGUAACAAGUUUGUGGCCAUCGGGUGCGACACUGUCGGGUACCUCGCCGACAUGGACUACACGAUCUGGACUGGGUGUGUCUCCUACUGCACCAACAUGAGCUUCGUGACGAACGGGACUUGCUCCGGCAUCGGCUGCUGCGAGACCAGGACACCCAAGGGCGUCAGGGCCUUCAGCGUCGUCCUCAGGAGCUAUUACAACCACACCAACUGUUCGAGCUUCAGUCCUUGCAGCUAUGCCUUCCUGGCCAACUCGUCCUUCAUGAGUUUCAACGCAUUGGAUUAUUUCUUAACAUUCAAAAACGUUACGAUGAUGCCGGUGACUCUGGAAUGGGCGGUGGGGAACAGGACGUGCGAGGAAGCUCGGGAGGAGGAGGGCUUUGCAUGCGUCGCCAAAAACAGUGAAUGCUACUCGACCAAUGGCCCGGGAUACCGUUGCAAUUGUUCACCAGGCUACCAAGGGAACCCCUACCUUAAAGGGGGAUGUGAAGAUAUCGAUGAGUGCAAAGGUCCACAAAAGAAUCAAUGCAUGAGGGAUUGCAUAAAUACGCCAGGAAGUUUUUAUUGUACUUGUCCGCGGGGCACGCGGGGGGAUGGUCGAUGGGAUGGAAGCCGUUGCACUCCCAAAUUUCCUUACCUUGACGUGGUUUUAGGUGCUGGCUCCGGCUUUCUAUUUCUUUGUGCCAGCGUAUCUUGGUUGUACUGGAUUGUGAGCAAAAAGAGACUCAUCAAGCUCAAGGAGAAAUUCUUCCAACAGAAUGGCGGCCUUUUGCUACAGCAUCAUCUCUCUUCAUCAAGCGAUGAUGGUCGUAAUGAUUCCAUUAUGAGGAUAUUUACCUCUGAGGAGCUUCAAAGAGCAACCAACAACUACGACGAGGAUUGCAUCAUCGGUCAGGGAGGCUUCGGAACGGUUUACAAAGGGACCUUGUCAGACCAAAGAGUUGUCGCGAUUAAGAAAUCAAAGAUCGCAGCCAAAGGUGAAAUCGAGCAGUUCAUAAAUGAAGUCGUUCUCCUCUCCACCAUCAACCAUAAGAAUGUGGUGAAGCUCUUGGGGUGUUGCCUAGAGACCCAAGUGCCCUUAUUGGUGUUUGAAUUCAUGUCAAAUGGAACUCUCUCUCACCACAUCCAUGACCAAGGCCGUCGAGGCUCGUUGUCCUUGGAAAAUCGACUGAGGAUCGCUGCAGAGGCUGCUGAAGCACUGGCCUACCUUCACUCAUCAGUGUCCACUCCGAUCAUCCAUAGAGAUGUGAAGUCCACCAACAUACUCUUGGAUGACAGCUACACAGCUAAGAUUUCGGAUUUUGGUACUUCAAGAUUGGUUCCAUUCGAUCGAAACUGCCUCACUUCACUGGUGAGAGGAACAAUUGGAUACUUGGACCCAGAAUACUUCCAGUCGGGUCAGUUUACAGACAAGAGUGAUGUCUAUAGCUUUGGAGUAGUAUUCAUUGAGCUCUUGACAGGUGAGAAAGCUCUGUCGGAGAAUAAAUCUGAAGAACAUAGAAGUCUUGUGAAACAUUUCAUUUCUUGCAUGAAUGAGGGACGGCUUUGUGAUAUUCUCGACGAUCGCAUCCGCCAUGAGGGAUCCAUGGAGCAGUUGAUGGCAGUUGCGGAGCUCGUUGAGAGAUGCAUUCGAUUGAAUGGAGAUGAGAGGCCCACAAUGAAGGAGGUGGCGACCGAGUUAGAGGGUAUGAGAACGUUCAGCAACCACCCGUGGGUUAAUGAGGAGAUCGAGUCCUUGUUGGCAAAGCCACUGUUGAGCGAGCCAGCAUUUUAUGGUGCUGGUAACACAACCAGCGGUGACAAUUCUUCCCAUAGUGGGUUGGUGCCACUCAACAUCACCAGAUGAUUUCAGACUGAAAGACAACCAGGAUCAUCUACGGUGCGCCCCCAUCAGACGAUCAGAUGUGCUCUACGAGCAUGUAUCGUGUCAUACAUGGCGCAUAUUGUUUGAUACAGUCCAUCUUCUGAUAGUAGUCAUCAAAAACUAUAUAGCACAU